AUGUCGAGUGCCUGGGCUGCCAGAUCUCGCAGGACACAUGGCUCGAGGAUCGAGGAAGAGAUCGAGUGUGCCGAGGAGGCCAGCCUCGAGGCGUUCGCAGAGAGAUUCAAAGGAUAUCAAGCGACCCAUGCGUUCCAAGGGGAAGACACGGUCUUCGGAAGUGGAGGUUUUCUGUUGGGAAGGAGCGACCUUUACCAAGAGAAGCUCCUCGACGAAAUCCAAGGUACGAAAUCAGAGGCAAAGAGUGGUACUGUUCAAAGGAUAUUGAACCAAAAGGUGGUUUUCUUGAAGGUCACCAAGGUUUACAAAAACAUCACACUUCCAAAGAAGUCAUGGUUUCCUGUUACCGUGACGCAAGUAAGCCGGAUAAAGACCAUCAAGAAGUAUCUUGAUGAAGAUGAAGAUAUUCUUUCACUUGAAUCGGAUCAGUCGGGAGUGAGCUGUACCAUGCUUGUCGAAGAGGUUAAGGGAUGGGUAUUGCUUCGCUUGGAUACAGGAGAGGAAGGAUGGUAUCCUGCUGCGUUUGUAAAGUCCAUGCGUCGAUUCAUUGAGAUUGAGGGAGAGCAAGAGAAAGUACUUGUUGGGAGUGGAAAGAGAAUUCGUCGUCAGACCGAUAGGUUAUCUCCGACUUGGAGCAGCGAUGAUGAGAGUAAGUCUGCAGCGGAAACCAAGGUUGUCGCCUCCACUGAACGGAUCUCAACGCGGAAUACCAAGGUAGACAGCAACGAGGAUGAGUGGAAAGAUCCUUGUGCUAUGUGCUUCAACCCUGCCAAGAAACUUGGAAACGCCAAGACCAUCGCACUCAUAUGUAGCAGGUGUGAGGGUAUUAUCAAGCAAGGGUGGCCCUUCUGGCAACAUUGCGAUCCACCCGAGCACGAGCCUGGUCACCCCGUGUCAAUCGUCAACAUGUGCAUCUAUUGCUUCCAGGUGGUUCAACGUGAUGGAAUGUACACUCCUCCCAAGGAAGAGACAGAGGGAGCCAAGGUUGCUGCCCCCCCGGACGAGGCGAAAUCGAAGGUCAUACUUGCAACGGAGUUCACUUCCAAAGUGGUGGAGCAAGAUGUGGAAUCUAUGUGCGAAUGCCCCUUCUGCGGCAGGAAGUACCACGACCGUUGCGUUCGAUACAAUCGGGAGAUGUAUGGAGACAUUCCUCCUCGAUGCAUCCACAGAGACUGUCAAGACAAGUGGAACUCGCUAGCGAAACCACAGCUGAACUGCCUGUACCUGAACCUGAGGGCAAGGGACAUGAAAGAGAGCCCCCUGUCGCAGCACAUGCAGAGCUAUGUGGCGAAGAAGGUGUUCAAGGGCUUGGAGAAGAGCUGCCCUGUGAUCAUCAGGACGGUCAGCAACGUGAAGAGAAUGCAGGAGAGCACGCCAGGCUUCACUGCACGUUUCGGCAAACAGAACUUCCCAUACCUGCUGAAGAACAUCAUGUGCUUCGUUGAGUGUGAGGACGAAACCGAUGUAGCAUUUCUGGGACUGGUGGUGGCAGAGUUUGGAUCAGACGCUCCCGAGCCGAACAAGAACAAGGCUUACAUCUCCUACAUCGACUCCGUCCAGCUUUACCACAAGGCCUCGUGCUGCCUGCGGGGGAGGGAUGUCUGCAGCAGUAGCACCUGCUCAGACCCUGAAGAGUGCACCCGAGAGAGGAAGGAGGUUGUCCGCAGAGUUCUACUUGGAUACCUGGAUGCUGUGAAGAAGCGAGGGUUCGAAGCCCUUUUUAUAUGGAGCAUGCCGCCCAACGAUCUGCAUCACGAUUACAUCUUCCACAUGCGGCCGCUGCAUCAACAUUGCCCCACUCCUGCACAGCUCGACUCGUGGUAUGCGAAGCUCCUGAACGUUGCUAAGCAGGAGGGGAUCAUCACGGACUGGGACAGCAACGCCCGUCGGGACGAGGAUGGGGAGCAGGAUAGGAGUCUUCCCCGGUCGCUUUUCGGGCCUGACAUGUCGUUGCGGCACGUCCCGCAGUUCCCAGGAGGGCUGAUGCUUCGAGCGCUGGAAGCCGCCUUGUCGGGAGGAGAUGCGAAACUGACGUCAUCAGCCACUCCGAGCAGACCAGAAACGAGCAAGAGGGCGAGAGCUGAAGUGACUCCCCCUGCUGAUAGCGGGCCUUCGCGCUCGGAGGGGAGGAGGAUAAGCCGAGAGCUGACCAUCCAGAGCCAUGAAAGGCACCAGCGGGCAGUUGAGGCGAUGAACAAGUACAUGCAGCGGAACAGUGAGAUGGGGUCGAUCUUCAUGGUACAGUACUCCAAGGACAAGGCCGGGAGUGGGAAGAGUAAGUCGAGCAGCAAGCAUCGGGAGGAGACCCUCGAGGAAGACCCCCUGGUGAACGUGGACGAGGAUAAGCACGAGUUCACCCUGAACGAGUGCGCGCACCUAUGCACGCUGCUCAACGACCUCCACCUGCAGUUCAACGACAUGCGUCACGGCAAGUUCUCCACGAUGAUGAUGAUCCACAGACUGGUACGGCAGCUCCUCAUCAAGUCGGAGAGCCUGAAGAAGGCGCAUCCGGCGCCAGCGACUGUGCGAGGAAGAAUCUUGGACGUGGCUGAUGCGUUGCUGCACCGCCUUGGCGGCAGCAGUGGAAGUGUUAGGCAGGUUUUCAGGUCGACCAACGGAGCCUCGCCCAAGGACGAGAUACAGCGGGGAGGCAGCAAGGAGUGGAGGGAAGAAUCGAAGCUGUGGAAGGCGAUGAAGAGGGCGAGCCAUCACGUUUCGGAGGAGACGGAAGACUCUGUCCGUGAGCUGACAGCACGUCAGAGGAGAAAUCUGAAUGACGCAGCCGAUGCUGCUGCCUCGCACAAGUGCAACAGCAGAUGCGCCGACGGCAAGUGCAACAAGUACGACUGGGAGUUCGCGUGCCCGGUGGUGUGCCGCUGGCAGCACACUUGCUGCAUGCGGGAGGACCCGCUCGUGUGCUUCGAUGAGGCGAUCGAGGCUCGUGACAUCUGCUACGACACGGACUACAACUACAUGUGCCACUUGUGCUCGGCCAUGCCGCAGGUGGUGGCGAUCAGGAGCAAGGGAAGGCACAAGGAUCCGAUCAUCCUGCGGAAGGAGCCGCUGAAGCGGAAGAGGGGAAGGCCGCCAAUUCGCCGGGAUGCGGAGGAGACGAAGAAGCGAGAGGAGGACGCGAAGCUAGCGAUCGCGCGGUCGAGCGGAUCGAGCGAUCACGUGCGUCCUUACAAGCUUGCAAAAACGGCGGGAAGCGAUGGGAAGGCAGGAGGAGAGGAGAGCAAGAGUCGCGAGGCACAACCUCCUUCAGCGCGCGGGAAGAAGAAGAGGAGGGGAUACAAGUUCACACACAUCAAGAACACCAAGAUCAGAAGCAAAGGAGAAGGGGCAGGGCGAGAGGCCGAGGAGGCUGUCAAGGAAACGCAGAGCUCAGGCAAGAAGGCGCGAAAGAGGGAGGUGGACGCGGAGAGCGUAGGAGACAGCGGGUCGAGGAGGAGCUCGAUCCCUGGGAUCACCGACAAGGAUACCAGGGAUGAGAUCUACCUCAGCCGGUUCGAGCACAAGACUUCCAAGAGUCGCUUCUUCGUUGGGCAGAACGUCGAAUGUGAAGAUCGUGGAGCCUUCUACCAGGCAGAAAUCAAGAGCAUAGAUAACAGCCUCAGGACGCAGCGGGUGCUCGUGCACUUCAAAGGAUGGUCCAUCCGCUACGACGUCUGGCUCGCAGCGGAUAGCUCCCGUGCGUUCUCUUCUCAGUCGGACACUUUUAGGAAGGACACUGACGAGGACCCCGCAGGAAUCCGCCCGCUCGCCGAGUCCAAAACGUCAUGA